UUUAACGCAUUAAUAAGCUCCUCUCUGGAUUUUUUCAACAAGGCGCUGACUUUUUCCUUGUUCACUUUACCAACUUUAUAUUUAGUAACAUUACUGUUUUAUAUAUUUUUUUAGUUAAGCCUGCCUGCCUAGCUAUCAACCUACCUACCUACAUACCUGCGCUGCUUGAUGCCUUCCUCAGAAUUAUAGCUUUAACCUGCCUGUAGCAUGUCGCUCUGCUUUCUUGCUUGCUUACUGGAUUACUAUAGUAAAUGACUAUUAUCUCCUUUCUUAUUUGUUCCUUGACAGAGCACGUGUUUCGUUUUCAUAGCGGUCGUCUGCUGGCCUUCAUGUGACUCGUUGACGUGUAUAAGAUAAUUUAAGAUAGUUUACCUUCACCCUAACGCGCCCACACUUAUCAUAAGCCGCGUGACUUGUUAAAAUUGCUAUAAUGAGUGACAGAGCAAGAAAUGCUUGCUAAUUGACUUAUGUGGGUUUUGCACUUAAAACCAUUCCUGACUAUUCCAAUAAAAAGCUCCAAAGACGAAUUCCUCUUACUCUUUGUCAUACUUUUCUUCUACUUUAACUUUUGAGAAUUUGUUGCUCAAUCAAGAUCAGAGAUAGUCGAUGAAUUUCUUCUCUUGUCCUCGGGAUAUUGUAACUGGAACUAAAGCUGUUUACCUUGAGAAAGGCAACGGGAGUAUAAGAAAGUGAAAUUCAACCUGUAGAAGGUCAAUGGUUUCUGUGCUCAGUGUCGGCUCCGUUCAAAAGCCUCGUGUGAAUAAUGACGUAGGUUUUUCAGUGGGAAGUCACACAAAAAAAUGCACAACAAGAGAGAAAAGAAUGAUGAUUAUUUAAUUAAAGUCUGAUUUCAUCAGGGCUGAUGCGGGAGUAUUUCUGAAGCAGAUCACUUUACCUGAAUAGCUCAAGAUUUCGCGUGAGCGUGCAAUUCGGGGACUGUAAUACCGAAAUAUGUUCCGUCCACGAGGGAAUUUUAACGAGCGGCUUAAAUAUUGAUGAAAUUAAAUCAAUCAGCUCCUAAUUACCGAAUGUGAAAAACUCCAAACCGUGACGGGCAGGUAACUUGUGAGAAACAAUUGGACCGUUCCACCUUGUGGCUUGUUUGUCAGCAUUUCGCUCGUAAACAGUUUGAUUAGGGACAUUUAAACGUUGGCAAAGCCUCGCUUUGCCAAUGAAUGAGUACCAAAGACAUCUGUCGCUCAAUUUCCGAUAUUGUAAUCGAUUCUUCGGUUGCCUCGACAACGGACAAAGUCAAUUAGAUAAGAUCUAGAAAAUGUUGUCGAGGACUCCACCUCUUUGGGAUGUUGAUGGCUCUUGUGAUCGACUCGAGUCAACAUGUCCCGCUGAAUUCCGGUGCCUUCGAGAUUCUGUUGUAUUGUUGUUGCUGAGUAGUUCUUUGAAUGUACACAACGCUCUUAGAAGUUUGUGACCAUUUUUUUGUGUGCAGAGUGAAAUAUGAGAUGGGUCGCAGAUGGUGCACCAUGUGCUAGAAAACAACAUUAGUUCUUUGGGUAAUCAUUGCUUUCCGUUUCUAUCCAGUAGGUGGUCUCCGAGCUUCUUUUCUUUUUCCAUGCAGAAAAUUGUAUUUUUAGGUUUCUCUAAUUGCCUCCAUUGGCCACUAUCAGCGAGGGCGUGACAAUGCCAGCCAAUGAAUAGAUCCCGCAUUCCGAUACACAGACUGCAAAGCCCUCGGCAACCAAUCACAAGCGUCGCUUGAGCAACAGGAAAUAAAUAGGCAUAGACGCGCGCACGUGGUUAAAGCAGCGAACCUUGCAACCUUUAUUUUGAAGUCUUCAUGUGACUUUUUCAUUCAUUCAAAUCUCCGCUUAGUGUUCGUGAUCAAACUCGUAGGACCCCAAUUGUGAAGGGCAACUUCCAUGGAAAAUUGAGGAGCAGAUUCAUAGGAUUUGGUGGCAAUCCUUACAAGUUGGCCAACGCGAUAAGAAGGGAAAGAUUCUUGGAUGUCAAGCCCUGGAUGCUUCGCCAUGUCACGCUAAAAUGAGCAAAGCCUCGAGAUUGAGACAGUGAACCUCGGCUACUGAACUGCUUUGAAAUCGGAGCCAUGGCUCAGAAGUACGAAGAGGUGGCUGAGAUCGGGAAUGGAGCGUAUGGCACCGUGUAUAAGGCUCGCGAUCUUCAGAACGAAGGCCGUUUCGUGGCAUUGAAGAGAGUCAGAAUUGUAAACAGCGAAGAAGGAAUGCCACUCUCCACAAUCCGUGAAAUAGCCCUCCUCAAGCAGAUCGACAAUUUCUCGCAUGAAAACAUCGUCAGGCUACUAGAUGUGUUUCACACGACAUCCCCAUUGCGUCAAGAGACCCACCUCUCACUUGUAUUCGAGCACAUUGAGCAGGAUCUCAGUGUUUACCUCGAGAACUGCCCUCAACCGGGACUGCCAGAGUGGAAAAUCAAGGACAUCACACAUCAACUGUUGAAUGGUGUCGAUUUCUUGCACUCCCAUCGCAUAGUUCAUCGAGACUUAAAACCACAGAAUAUCCUGGUCUCUAAAACAGGCCAAGUGAAGAUUGCUGACUUUGGUCUCGCAAGGAUAUACCGCGAUGCCAUGGCUUUGACGUCAGUGGUUGUAACAUUGUGGUACCGAGCUCCAGAAGUUCUCCUUCACUCCAGUUAUGCCACAGCCGUGGACAUUUGGAGCGUUGGGUGUAUCAUGGCAGAACUUUAUAACAGAAAACCACUGUUUGAAGGAAAAUCAGAUGUGGAUCAGCUGCAUAAAAUAUUUAGUAUUAUAGGUACUCCUUCACAAAGUGAUUGGCCAUCAAGUGUUUCGCUUCCACGAUCAUCAUUCCCAAGAUAUGUUUCAUUUUCCCUGGCGGAGUUAGUACCAGAGAUGUGCUCAAGUGGAACUCAUUUACUCAAGCAAAUGCUCAUUUUUAGCCCUCAGAGAAGAAUUGGUGCAAUAGCGGCCCUUCAACAUGAGUAUUUUCAAGAAUUUCAUGACGGUGAUAAAGAAAACUCACAAUUUAGUUCUCCAAAUGUUUCAAACAAGAAGGAAAAUGUUCCUGUGCUCUGAAAAUGAGUGACAUGGAGCUGGUGUGGUGUGCAGAACAUUAUAUAUACAGAUUUCAAAUGCCAGUAGUUGAGGAACUACAAACCCUUGGUUGUAAACUACAUUUAGGACAGUUGGUGGCAUGGUCUUGUACCCAUGGUGUGAAAACUAAAAUAUCAAAGUUGAAAUUACAGCAAGGACACUCAAACUGUGAACGUUUUACAGUUUUUUGCAUGACUAGCUAUUUUUACGUUAAAAAAAAAUCUUGUACAUUAUAUGAAGAGCCUUCAUUCUGUGGUAGCCAAAACAAUGUACCAAAAAAAUUUCAACUGUUCAUGAUUUGAGUGUCUUAAAAAAUUUAGAAAUUACUUAUUAUCAUUAUUUUUUAAAAAAGGUGUGUAAUAUAUUUCCAAGUAAUUAAUAUGUUAUUUGGUUCAGUGUAGUUCUUUAGAGUUCACAUUGUACCAAUUUGUGUCUUAUUACCUUCAGUGACUCACCCAAAAACGAUGAGCAAUCUGCUAUAGAAGGGGGGAGGUGAACAACAAAUGCAAGGCUUUGAGAGAAGGCGAGCCUAACAUUUUUCUUUGUGAGCGUAAGACAUUUUUACUUUUGAAUUGCAAGACUGAAACUUGAAAAUGUGACACAAUUUUUUCUCUCAUCACUUGUCGUGAAUAAACCCUUUACCACCCUCUCUUUGCAUCACUAUAUCACGGAAAAUUGUAACACAGAAACAUAAAUCAGGACCUUGAAAUUCUUUUUGAAGCUUGUUGGAAAGACUUACAAAUUCAUGAAAGUAGAAAUUUGUUCUCAAAAAUGUUAGACUGUAGUUCAAGAAUAAUUAUAAUAAUAUUAUAAUAUUGGUUUAUAAUUAGUGGUAGAAGGGAACUUCAUAGUUUUCAUGGGGCACAAAAUCCUCAAAAAGGUUGUUUUCUGCACAAUAAGGGCUUGUGGAAGCUUAGGAGGUUUAGUGUUAUUACAUAUCAACAAUGUUAGCAAAA